AUGUUGGUUCCGCCGCAAUUCUACAACGGGGAAAUUGUAGUCGACUUAGAUGAUACCAUCUUUCAUAUAGAAGCUGAGAAAAUACUUGAGCUGUACAGACAGGGUCUCUACAACUUUUUAUUUGAAAAUGGGAAUUCUAAGAGUGGAGACGACACGGGCCUAGGCAGUGCCGUAAGCUUGGACAGGCGAAUUAGGGAUUUGAAAAAGGACAGGCUGAAGAAGAUGGGGUACACCAUACAGUCGGUUUCUAUUUUGGUGACUUUUUUUCUGAUAUACUCUGCCUUUAAAGAAAUUAUUCAGCGCAUCAGGCUGGGCGGCAAGGGUCGCAUUGCCCAGGAGUAG